AUGACACUCGCAUCUCAAGGCGGCACUUGGCGAGCUAACACCACCACCACCACGCGCCGUGGUGGCGGCGGCAGCGGCCUUGGGGCGGAGCUGCGGCAGGAAGUUCGCCUCCUGCAGGAAGAGCUGGCCGAGAGUCGGGCCCAGAGGGAGGAGCUGGCGUCCAGGGCCAGGGCGCUGGGCGAGAGGCUGGAGCAGUCAGUGUCUCCCUCGCUGUCCCGCACCCAUCGUGAGGAGGUGGAGGAGGAGGAGCGGAGAGAGAGGAGGAGGCGCGACAGGGAGGCUAGGGAGAGAGAGGCCCGACAGGCGCUGCUCGUGCAUCGGCUGCAGAACAAGGUGAUGGAGUACAGAGAACGAUGUCAAAGUUUGGAGUUAGAGCUAAAGGCUGGACACAGCCAGCUGAUGAGCACGCAGAUGAGCAUCGGGAGGGACACCUCGGAGUCGCUGGAGUGCGCCCUCAUCAGCCUGGAGGAGGAACAGCAAAGGGCAUCAGGCCUGGCCCAGACCACCUCGGUCCUGCGGCUGCAGCUCAGCCAAUCGGAGCGGGCCAACGAGAUCCUGACGGAGCGUGUCCGCAAGCUCACGGCCGAUUUGACCCGAGCCUUGGAGGAGGCGGAGCGUCGGACGUUCCAUUGGCAGAGAGAGCGAGAGUGCGUGUCCAGUGAGGUGUCUCAGCAUCAGGACCAGCUGUGGUGCGUGUGGAGGUGCGUGAUGUCACUCAGACAGCACUGUCGCGCCCUCAGAACUGCCGCUGACAGGGAUCUCUUGGAGAUGAGGACGGAGCUGUCCCGUCUGUCCUUAUCGCUUCAGUCCAGCUGCGACUCGACUUCCUUGCACCUCAUCAAAAUGUACCGGCUGCCGGCCCCCCCCACCCUCAGAGGAUAG